GGAUCUGUUAGAGAAAAACAGAAGAGAUCCUGUUGGUAAGGAGAGAAAAAAAAUGGAUUUGCCUCAUAGCCCCUCCUGCGGAGGUGUCUCCUCUUUGUGGCUUCCUUCCCCAGCAGGUGUUGCGUGUCACUGCAGAAACAGUUAUUAGCAUCCAAACACAGCGCCAUCCUGCAUGUGGACAAGACAGUAGGAAAAAUUCUAAUCAGCUGACGGCGGGGUACACCCUGGACAAGUCACCAGUCCAUACAGAGACAAACAACCAUCCACGCUCCCAAUCACAUCUAAGGGCAAUUCACCUAAACUGCAGAUGUUUGGACAGUGGGAGGAGGCCGGAGUACCACGAGAAGAGAGGAACUUCUGGGAUCGCACCAGCCGGUCUCUUACCUCCUGUGUGUGCGAUCCCACUCAGAACGAGGCAGAACACACCCCCUCCUCAUCCAGGCAUAUCUCCACAUCUUAGAGGGAAGAGGGAAACAAAGCAACACUUUAAACGGCGGUGGGCAGUCCGCUGGUGAUGGACCCCAACAGUAUCUGCAGGAAGGCGAAGCGCCUGGCGGGGAAGCAGGCCGAGCUGUGCCAGACCCAGCCGGAGAUCGUCAGCGAGGUGGCCAAAGGAGCCAGGCUCGGCGUCAGGGAGUGCCAGUACCAGUUCAGGUACCGCCGGUGGAACUGCACGAGCCACAACAAAUACUUUGGCAAAAUACUGCAGCAGGAUAUUCGGGAGACGGCAUUUGUUUAUGCCAUAACGGCAGCGGGGGUGACUCACGCUGUGACCCAGGCCUGCAGCAUGGGAGACCUCCUGCAGUGCGGCUGCGAGGCCACCAGGAACAGAGCGCCGCCAAGGCCGCCUUCGUCCUCCUCCUCCUCCUCCUCCUCCUCCUCUGGGGACGGGGUCAAGUGGGAGUGGGGGGGCUGCGGAGACGAUGUGGAGUUCGGUUAUGAAAAGUCAAAACAGUUUAUGGAUGCCAAGAGGAGGCGAGGCAAGAGCGACAUCAGGACGCUCAUUGACUUGCACAACAAUGAGGCCGGGCGGCUGGCAGUGAAGCUCUACAUGCGGACAGAGUGCAAAUGCCACGGGCUGUCGGGCUCGUGCACCUUGCGCACGUGCUGGAAGAAGAUGCCCCAUUUCCGCGAGGUGGGCGACCGCCUGCUGGAGCGCUUCAACGGCGCCUCCAAGGUGAUGGGCGGCAACGACGGCAAGACCCUGAUCCCCGUCGGCCAGAACAUAAAGCCGCCCGACAAGCAGGACCUGAUCUACUCGGACGAGUCGCCCGACUUCUGCCUGGCAAAUCGCAAAACGGGCUCGCUGGGCACGCGGGGACGCAUGUGCAACAGCACAGCCAUGGACAUCAGCGGCUGCGACCUGCUGUGCUGCGAGCGCGGCUACCGGGAGGAGACGGUGGUGUUCGAGGAGAACUGCCUGUGUCGUUUCCACUGGUGCUGUGUGGUCCAGUGCAAGAAGUGCCUGGUCCGGAAAGAGCUCAGUCUCUGUCACUGAUGAACUGAGAGUCCCUCUUUGCGUCGGUGGUUGAUUAUAAUGACUUCUGUUACUUUUCUUUUUUAAGGUGUUUUGCUUUAGUUUGACUAGUGUGGAAGAAGGAAAGCGUUUGGACUUUAUUGGGCAUCCUUCAGACAGCGCCCCCCCCCCCUCAAGGUUUCAUUACAGUUGGUGUUUGACUUUGAGAAAGACAUGAGAUUGUGGCCCAAAGGUUCAACAGGAAAGAGGGACUUAAAAGUAAAGUAAAAUCGAGAAAUGUUUCUCUUCUGAACUACAUAUUUUCUAUUUCCUGUUUAUGAAAAAAGGACCAAAGAAUGUGAAAAUGUGUGUUUUCCAUCAAACCAAGAGGAGGACCCGUAUGCUUGGAGGAUCAGGACAUGGUACAGGAGUUUCUUUGUGUCUCCUCGUGCCUCCGUCAGUUCCGCAACAGAGGAUCUCCGAGUUUUAGGCACCAGCAUGUAUUGAUCCGCCUGAUUUGUUAAUUAUUCAUUUCGCUUUAUUGUACGACCUUGCUACAGUGAAGACAAUGAAAUCUUUUGAGUCUCUUCGGUAAUUUUUUUUGUACGAUGAGGUAUUAACAGUCCUUCAGAGACUGAUGUCUAUCUGCCUUAUGACAAAUGAUGGACGAUACAGUUUUGAAAAUUAUGUUAACAAAAAGUGUAACAAUGUAGUUGUGUAUUUAAUUCUUGAAUCACCGAGAAACGGAACAUCUUCACGAUUCAUCAUUCCAAAAUGUUGAAUACUGUUGGAAUUGACUGUAGCCUAACUGGAGUAGAACAAAGACAAAACAUGUCGGUCUUGACUUGUUUCUGCUCCAUCAUAAAAAAAAAAAAAUUACCAAAAAAAGGGAAAUGGUAUCACAUUAUCAUAUUUGAAGAGUAAUGUCAGCGCCACGUUUUGCAGGUGUGGACUUGGCCUGUCAGCAAAGACUGUUAUUUAUAUAUAGAUACGAUGACAAGACUACUCACCCUCCAUCUCGCCCAGAAGCACUUUGGAUGCGAUGGCUACCGUGGACUUCCUCCACAGAUUGGCAAUGAAAAAACCUUUUUUGGGGGCCCGGCUGCGUCUUGUUAGCCGAAAGAGAAACCGUUGUUGACAUGACAUUGUUUGGUAUCAAGAUAAUGUUUUUGAUGUAUUUUGUUUAAUCUGCUGCGAUAUACAGGGCUAAUGUAAUAAUGCACUUUGGAAUUUGGCUUUCAUUCGGUCUGUGUGUGUGUGUGUGUGUGUGUGUGUGUGUGUGUGUGUGUGUGUGUGUGUGUGUGUGUGUGUGUGUGUGUGUGUGUGUGUGUGUGUGUGUGUGUGUGUGUGUGUGUGUGUGUGUGUGUGUGUGUGUGUGUGUGUGUGUGUGUGUGUGUGUGUGUGUGUGUGUGUGUGAGAGAGAGAGAGAGAGAGAGAGAGGUAGAGUGGUCGUCUAGCAGUUGGAAGGCUCCCGUUUUGAUUGCGUUGAGCGUGCAGAAGUGUGUGUGUGUGUGUGUGUGUGUGUGUGUGUGAAAGUGUGUGAAUGGCUGAAUGAGACAUUCGUUGUAAAGCACUUUGAGUGAUUAAUAGACUAGAUAAGUGCGAUACAAGUGCAGUCCAUCUACCAAUGCGUUUGUGCAGGUUGGCCAGUUGUCACCGUAUCCUUCAGUGGACAGUAGCUUUUUAUAUAUAUAUAUAUAUAUAUAUAUAUAUCUUUGAGUUGCUUGUCUGACGUUAAACUGCAUUAUGUUGGUUAUUAAAAGCACACAGCUCUUUGACUCUCUGUCUCUCCGUGAGGCAGACAAGAUGUUCUGUUUGUCGUUCCGUUUUCAGGGGAAGUGUGUCCCCCGUACAAACUAUCAUGUCAUCUCAUCUACGCUAAAGUUUCAUUACCAGACAAUGUACGGAGAACUAUACCGAACCAUAGUACUGAAUUGCUUGCAUUCAAUUUGCGUGAUCGUAUAGAAUCUUCUCAUUUUGGUCUUACAGUCGGUUGUGCGACAUGAUCUACCUGACGUUCCCAAAGUUACCUUGUUAGGUGUUUGCAGGGCCAAAAUUAAAAGACCACCUUUAUCACUUACCACUUUGUUACUGUUACUGUAACAGUAUCUGAACAUUUAUCGACUAUAGUCAUAUUAUCUGUGACACAGACACAAAGUCCCACAUACAUUUGUAUGAAAAAGUUUUCAUGGUUUCAGAUUUUGCUGUCAGCAUAUACAGUUGAACAACACAGCAAUAUCAUCAAAUAUACCAGUCGUUAUGAUUAGUGAUGUGAGAAAAUGUAUGUUCUGUUAGAACAAUAAAUAUAUUUCUGAUCUGUCAAGUGAUCCUAAAACAAUUCCAAUAUGUGCCUGUGUUAGAUUCUUAUCAUUAUUAUUAUUAUUAUUAUAACUAGAUUUGGUGGGCAAAAAACCCAAUGUUGCAAAUAUUGACAGUUUGAUAAAAGUCAAUGAUAGUUAUAUAUUCAACACAUUUUGUAGAACAGAUAUCACAGAACGCGUCCAUCGUCGUAUAUUUAAACAGAGUUUGUCUUGUCUUGCUGUAGAUUUCUUUCCGCUCUCCAUUGUAUUCUGCAAAAAAUCAUUUCAUAUCUGGAUGUUACACUGCAUUUCAUUAAAACAUAAAUGUUGAAA